GAGCUCAGAGCUUCAGGACACAUCUGGAGAGCAGCUGCAGGAUGCAGUUCUUGACUGUGAUCUGGACCCUCAGCUUUCUGCUGAAGGAGGCACAGGCGUGGGGCUUCAAAAAUGGAAUAUUUCACAAUUCUAUAUGGCUCGAGCAAGCGGCCGGAGUUUACCAUCGGGAAUCACGUAAAGGGAGAUACCAGCUGACAUAUAAAGAGGCCAAGGCUGUCUGCAAAUAUGAGGGAGGGAAGCUGGCCACCCACGAGCAGCUGGAGGCAGCUCGUCAGAUAGGUUUUCAUGUGUGCGCUGCUGGAUGGUUCGACAGAGGUCGUGUUGGCUACCCCAUCGUCAAGGCUGGAGCCAACUGUGGGUUCGGGAAGGUUGGCAUCAUCGACUAUGGAUACAGGCUGAACAAAAGCGAGAAAUGGGACGUAUACUGCUACAACCCAAACUCGAAGGAGUGCGGUGGAGUGCUGACAGAUCAGCAGAGAAUCAUUCAGUCUCCCGGCUUCCCUGAAGAGUAUCAGGAUGAGCAGAUCUGCUACUGGCACAUCCGGGUGCGUCUGAGUCAGAGGGUUCGACUGCACUUCCUGGAGUUUGACGUGGAGGACGACAUGGCAUGUCUGGCCGACUACCUAGAGGUCUACGACAGCUACGACGACAUCUCAGGGUUCGCUGGGAGGUUCUGUGGCGAUUACUUACCUGAUGACAUCAUCAGUACAGGAAACGUGAUGACGUUGAAGUUCCUCUCGGACGCUUCGAUUACAGCUGGUGGCUUCCAGUUACAAUAUGUUGCUGUCAACGCGUCUAUGUUUUCUCACAAUCACACCAACAACCAUCAGUGACUGAUCCACUGCUGUCACUCUGAUCCUAUAUUUAUGUCUACUGUAAUUAAUGAGACUUUAUAGCUGAUUAAAGUACAACAUCUGUGGAAUAAACCUGUUUUAAAUUGUUUUGUAUUGUUCUAGGGGAAUAAAAAAUAAAAGUAGUUUGUGACCGACUGAAAUAAAUAAACAAAAAUUCUUAUA